AUGCAGUGUAGCUGCAGCUCUGCAGCAGGACACCUUUCAUCGCCUUACUGGAGUCGAACAGUGCUCUUCCCCGACUGGGCCUACAAACCAGCCUGGUCACCCGGCUCCAGACAGGUCCAGCUGUGGCACUUCCUGUUGGAGCUGCUGGGGCGGGGCGAGGGCGGGGCCAUCGGCUGGGGAGGAGAGUGGGGCGAGUUCGUCAUCCGGGACCCUGAGAGGCUUGCCAGACUGUGGGGGGAGAGGAAGGGCAAGCCACACAUGAACUACGACAAGCUCAGCCGGGCACUCAGAUACUACUACAACAAACGCAUCCUGCACAAGACCAAAGGGAAAAGAUUCACCUACAAAUUCAACUUCAGCAAACUCAUCCUGGUCAACUAUCCAGGAUACCCGCCGCCACCACCGUCCAGCCAUCAGGUCACUGUCUCCGGCCCUCAUCCCUUUCCUCUCCUCCCUGCUGACAGCGGUCUUCCUCUGUGUGGAGGAGCAGGGUCGGUGAUGGACAGAGCAGUGCAGCCUGCGCCUCACCCCUUCUUGCUCCCCUGCUGCCUCCCUAAGCCCAUCCUGACACCCCGGGCUCUCCACGGCCACUUCCCCUUCAUCUCCGCCCCUGCUUACCCGGGUGUCAAUCUGAGGGAAUCAGGCCUCCCACCUCUCCCCUCAGCCCUCCACGUCAGUACCAACGGCUGGCCACACAAGAGCCCCGCAGGGUGGCGUCUGAACCACAUCAGUCGAAGCCUGUUUGGUGGAGUGAAGCAGACUGAUAUUCAAGGAGAGGAGAGGAGAGCGGGGAGUGCUGCACAGAUGGGGGAGACAGAGUGA